UCUGAUUGGAGGAAUAAGACGUGUUGCAACUGUCCCCCGUUUCCCCCCUAUUCUGAUGGUUCCACGAGCUGCCGCUCAUUAGUAGCCUGACAGGGAAUUGUAACUUACGAGGACUUAACUUAUUGUGUUUAUCAUUGAUCAGAAAAUGGUAGCGUGUAGACUUGUGGGUCGUUUGUACCGUAGCCUACAGACAAGGAUGACUUUACGUGAGUAUCUACAGACAAGGAUGACUUUACGAUUUCUCUUUAUUUGUCUUCUGUUAUUUUUUGGAGUACUCCUUUUAUUUGGGUACUACUGUCCACAACAGUCUAUUAAAGUCCCACGUGAGACCUCUAGCAAGUGUCAUGAGAGUGCAUCACAGAUUGUCCUGAAGGAAGGACAGGACCAUACAAGUCAAGCUAGGAUAAUGGAACCAAAACGACCAGAUGUGUUGACCAUCACCCCAUGGCUGGCACCUAUAGUCUGGGAGGGGACCUUCGACAUGGCUAUUAUUAACGAGUCUUUCAAGCUUUACAAUGGGACCGUAGCAACCACUGUGUUUGCAGUUGCCAAAUACACUCGUUUCCUGCAAGACUUCUUGGAGACAGCAGAAAAGCACUACAUGGUGGGACUGAACGUCCACUUCUAUGUUUUCACCGACCAGCCGGCGGCUGUGCCCAAUGUGACUCUAGCAGCAGGCAGACAAAUCAGCAUCAUCAAAGUGCCCAAAUUCAGUCGCUGGCAGGAGAUCUCCAUGAGAAGGAUGGAGUUUAUCCAGGAAGCUAUUGAGGAGCGGAUUCGCCACGAAGCAGACUACCUCUUCUGCGUGGAUGUAGACAUGAAGUUCCAUAGCCAUGUUGGGGCCGAGAUCCUGGGGAAGCUGGUGGGAGUUCUAAACCCCUGGCUGCACAAGAGCACCCGGGAUAACUUCAGCUACGAGCGACGAGUCAUCUCCAAAGCUUACAUCCCAUAUGGACAGGGGGACUACUACUACGCAGGGGGCUUCUUUGGGGGACAUGUGGAGGAUGUUUACCAACUGGUCACGACUUGCCGCAAAAACCUUGAAGCUGACAAAUUGGUGGAUGUUGAGGCUAAGUGGCAAGAAGAGAGCCAUGUCAACCGUUACAUGCUGCUGAACAAGCCCACCAAGGUCCUCUCCCCAGAGUACCUUUGGGAUGAGGAACUAGGGUCUGGAGGCUCAGAGAUCAAGCUCAUCCGCUACGCCACCGUCCGUAAGAACAUGAAGGAAGUUAGGGAAAAUAUCUGAGAUGCAAUGUUUUCUUUGCUUUCAUUGUUUUUUAUUUAUUUAUACAUUCAAACACUGGUACUGUACCACACAUAUGUUUACUGUAUGUAUACAU